AUGGCAGAGACCAAUCUCACCUUAGUGACCAAAUUCCUCCUGAUCGCAUUCACCGAAUAUCCUGAACGGGCAUUCCCUCUUUUCCUCUUGUUUUUGUGCAUCUAUCUCAUCACUCUGUCGGGGAACUUGGGGAUGAUCGUUCUCAUCUGCAUGGACCGCCGACUCCACACCCCGAUGUACUUCCUUCUGCGUCACCUCUCUUUCAUGGACAUCUGUUACUCGUCUGUCACCGUUCCCCAGACAAUGGCCGUGCUGUUGGAGCACGGGGCAGCCUUAUCCCACACACGCUGUGCCGCUCAGUUCUUCCUCUUCACCUUCUUUGGUUCCAUUGACUGCUACCUCCUGGCCAUCAUGGCCUACGACCGCUAUGUGGCUGUGUGCCAACCCCUGCUCUAUGUCACCAUCAUGACGCAGAAGGCCCAGCUGGGUUUUGUGUCUGGGGCUUACGUGGCUGGUCUCUUCAGCGCCUUGGUGCGGACCGUCUCAGCCUUCUCUCUCUCCUUCUGCGGGAAUGGUGAGAUCGACUUCAUUUUCUGUGACCUCCCUCCUCUGUUGAAGCUGACCUGUGGGGACAGCUACACCCAGGAAGUGGUCAUUAUCCUGUUCGCCAUUUUUGUCCUCCCCGCUUGCAUGGUGGUCAUCUUGGUGUCCUACCUGUUCAUCAUCGUGGCCAUUGUGAGGAUCCCUUCAGCUGGAGGCCGGGCCAAGACCUUCUCUACCUGUGCUUCCCACCUCACUGCAGUGUCCCUCUUCUUUGGCACUCUCAUCUUUAUGUACCUGAGGGAUAACUCUGGCCAGUCCUCGGGAAAAGAUAGGGUGGUGUCUGUGUUCUACACGACCGUGAUUCCCAUGUUGAACCCCCUCAUCUACAGCCUGAGGAACAAGGAAGUGAAGGAGGCACUCAGGAAUAUUCUCAGCAGAAUCCAGCUGUCCUAA